UCAUCUCACUCUCUCAGGUCUCAGCAAUGGCGCGGGCGCUCUAUUUAAACAAGGAACACGGGUCUCCACAAUAAGCAAACGAAGAAGAGAGAACACAAGCUCCAUCAUCGACCUGUGAAAUGUCUAGCUGGUUGCAGGAGAAGUCGGGGGAGGUGCAGGCUAAGGCCGGCGAGGCCACGAAGAUAGCCUCCGAGACGGGGCAGUCCGUCCAGGACCGCGCCGUCGAGGCGAAGGACCAGGCCGGCAGCUUCCUCGGCGAGAAGACUCAGGCCGUCACCACGGCGGCCUCGGAGACUGCCGAGGCAGCAAAGAAGAUGGGGGACGAAGCCGUGGGGAAGGCGUCCGAGGCGGCGCAGGCCGGCACGGACCGCGCCGUCGAGAGCAAGGACCAGACCGGCGGCUUCCUCGCCGAGAAGACCGAGGCUGCCAAGAAGGCAGCCGUCGAGACCGCCGACGCCGCCAAGGAGAAGGCCACCGAGACCGCGCAGUAUGUCCAGGACCGCGCCGUCGAAGGCAAGGACCAGACCGGCGGCUUCCUCGGCGAGAAGACCGACGCCGCCAAGAAGGCGGCUACGGAGUCCGCCGACGCCGCCAAGGAGAAGGCCAACGCGGCCGCGCAGUACGUCCAGGACAGGGCGGCCGACGCGGCAGAGUACACCAAGGCCGAGCCCAAGGAGAACGUCUUUCAGAAGGCCGGCGGGAAUGUGCUGGGCGCCGCCGUGGGCGCCAAGGACGCCGUCCUCAGCACGCUCGGUAUGGGAGGAGAUGCUGCCGCCGAGAAGACCACCAAGGACUAGCUCUCUCGCCCGCUUUUCAUUCCGUUAUUCCCUGAUUCCCGCCGUAUAGGGUUCCAUUCUCCCUUCCACGACUGAUUUCUACACGCGCAUUUGGUUUUAACUUCGAUGUACGCGACCAAAGCAUGAAUAUACUUCACCUAUCUGAAU